AUGUGGAUUCGACUGCCCGCAGAAAUUCGAUGGUAUUUCAUCGGUCCUCGUCAGCUUGACAAGUCGAAGACGCUGGUGGCCAUCCCGAACCUACACACCAUACAAGCACUGACCUUAACGAAGGCGGCCGACCUACUCCACAAAGCUCUCUCAGAAGCGGGUGACGCUACGCGUCUCCCCAUCAUAUGUUUGAUACCUCUCAUUUCAACGAACUUCACUACUACGCACCCCCUCGCCAUAUUCGCUGCCCAUAUCCUCGAACAAUGCCCCUUCCUCCGACUACAAGGCCUCAUGACCAUCGGCUCCAUCGAGCCGUCCUAUCACGCCAAGGAGGGCGAGGAGAACCACGAUUUCAAGAUGCUGCUGAAUACGCGGGACUCGCUUCAGGGUGUUCUAAGGUCGAGGUUUCCGGACAAGGUGAGUUGUGUCGCAGUCAUUCGAACCAGUGGUAACGCAAAAUCACCCAACUUAACUUGA